GUAGAAUGUAGAACUAUUUGUCGGGCUCAUCACUUCUUAAGUCGUGGUUACUGUUUGCUGGUUUGCAUCAUUCAAUAGGCUUUAGAGAUAAAAUGGUCUACCUCGUACAGUUGCUUUUGGUCAAAAUGGAAAGUUACGAAGUGGCCAUCAUUGGAGGAGGAAUAUCAGGACUAUACUGUGCAAAGAAGUUGAAAGAUAACGGAAUUGAAGGCAUCGUAAUAAUUGAGAAGUUAGACAGAUGGGGAGGUAGAUUGAACACGGACAUGAUCGAGAUAGACGGAAGAAUGAUUAAAGAUGAAAAAGGUGCAAUGCGCUUCACAUACAAGGAUCCUGACGGCGAACAGACGUCCAACAUGCCCCUUCUAUCAAGACUCAUCAAAGAUAUGGAGAUGGAAUCUGAAAUGGAACCGUUUUAUAUGGAACCACAACCCGCUGAAGAUAGCUUAAUGACAGAGGUGUUGAAUUACAAUUCGAAUUAUUUCGGGAGUCGACACUUUACAAGUCGGUAUGCAGAGAAAAACCCUAAGAUAUGGAAAGAAUUGUACAAUUUGGAGGACGACGAGAUCAAAUCUCCUGAUCAAGUUAUCGUUGACGUUUAUCAAAAACUACUGGAUCAUAACGCAGACAAAGUGAAAAGAUACUUUGAUUCUCUAGGACAAGGAGAUAAAGCACAGAUUAUACUGAAGCAAGAAGAUGUCCAGCUUCUUCAACAGUAUCAAGAAGCCAAUUAUUGGGCUUUCUUCCGGAACGAAUUCGAAUGGCCAAAGGGGGUGCAAAAAAACAAGCUACGAGACUUCAAUCUAUUUAGUCUCCUUAAGGCCAUGGAAUAUUCUAAAGAUUGUUGCCAGAUGAUGGAAAAGACUCUCUUUGACGGUAAAGACUCUGUUUCGCAAGGGAAUGCAGCUGUUUUGCUGCAGUUUUACAUCGCUUCGGAUUUGCUUCACGAUAAUUUGUAUCAUUUCAGAAAUGGUUGGUCCUCUCUUGUGAAAACGAUCAAAAGUUACCUGGAUGAAGGAACUGGAAAUAUCGAACUUCUGAAGAACUGCGAAGUUGGUGGAAUUCAAGAUGUGGAAUACGGUUUCACUCUUGAAUUAUUUUCCGGCGAAAGGAAAAUAAAAGCAAAGCAUGUCGUCAUGGCCAUCCCUCCUGACGCAGUUAAAGCCUUGAUGACACGCUAUAAAAGCGAUACAAGUCUUCUCGAAACAUACAAUUCAGUGAUAAGUCUUUGUAACUCCGUUGUUGGUGUUGACAGUGUGAAGGUCAUCCUUUAUUUCGAGUGCGACUGGUGGAACACAUAUGAGGACAUAGUCUUGUUUGGAGCCAGUUCCACUGAUCUUCCCUGUGGCUGCGUUUACCCAUAUUACGGACGAUGUCGCAAUAAUUGCCAAAGUUGCGACAACUGCAAAGAUGGACUCGGUAAAUCAGCCCUUACUAUAUACUGCGGCUCAAACAGAGCAGAUUUUUGGACGAGUUGUCAACGGCUGGGUCAGAGCUUUGAGUCUCCUCUUCAGAAAGAGAAUGCUAGCCUGAUACCCUCUUCCGAACACUUAGUUGGGGAAGCUAUGAAGCAAUUGAAAAACAUAUUCAACGUCAAAGAGAUUCCUUAUCCGAUCCUAACCAGUUACAGAAGUUGGAACAGCGAAGAUAAUCUUGGGUACGCUUACCACUAUUGGCGCGUGGGGGUUGAUGACCAAAACUUAAAAUCCACUCAACCGGUUAAAGGUAAAAAUCUAUAUUUAUGUACAGAGGCAUGGAGUGGCUACCAGGGAUAUGUUGAAGGAUCUCUGAUGUCUACUGAGAAAGUAGUCAACAGGAUUAUAAGUAACAAAAACAGUUCAAAAUAAACAUGAACAGUGUUUGUCUCAGACUUGUGGUUCGUAUGAGCGUAAAUAACAUUUGGGACUAUGUAUGGUGAGACCUCAUAUUUUUAUUUACUACUAUCUUACUAUGGGAACAUGGGAAGUCUCACAAAACUGCAUGGUUUUCGAAAUUUUCCUUGACAAUUUUGUCUUAUAAAGAUAUAACUCUUUCCGAUCCAGUUAACAUCAACU